GUCUCAAACAUAAUUGAAGUGUGAUCGAAUGAUAAGCAAAAUAGGUGUCUUGUGUUUGAAAUUAUUUUAAAGCUGAUAUCACUUUUAUAUUCUUUUCUUUUUAUCGUUUUGUUUAAUGAGCAAUGUAAUGAUUGACUCCAAUCUUUUGUAUCAUUCUUAUGUCAAAAUAUUUAUAAAGGACAUUUAUAAUUUAACACAUACGAAAAGAGGCUUAUUUCAGUAUUACAAUCGCCUGAUCGACUCUGUUGAAGUAUGUGGUAUAGUCGCUGCCAUAGAUAAGAACAGACGUGUAGCAACCUUUUAUGUUGACGAUUCUACUGGAAUAAUCGAAUGUGGUAUUUGGCACGAAAAAAUAGUCGAAACCCCUCAACUAGGCUCUUUGGUUCGUGCAAGAGGAAAAAUCAACGAAUAUAACGGCAAAACACAGAUUUUUUGCUCGGAUAUUUUUAUUAUGCAGGACCCUAAUUAUGAGUUAUUACACUUUGCUCAAGCCAUUCAUUAUCGAUCUGAGUGUAAGCCUCUUGAGAUAGAAACACCUGAAUCAAGAUUAGCAGAAACAGAAGAUGGUUCAGAUGCUAUGACCUCUACCACAAACAUGAGUGCAGGUGCAAAUGUUAAGGCGGCUUUAGUAGCCUAUCUGACUGAAUCCAGUAUACAAGAGUUUUUUCCUUGGGAAACAAGAAAAGUUCCCAUGAUAGUGGAUCUUAUAAGAAACCAAAAUGGAAUGAACUUAUCGUUUAAUCAAAUUACGAAGUAUAUAAUCAAAGCAUGCAAUGAAUUAGCAGACAAGGGAAUCCUUCAAAUGACAGACAAAGGAAGAUUCAAGUUGAUAAAUAAAAACAUCUGAGGGACGAGGUAUCAAACACUGUCAAAACAUUGAAUGGAUCUAAAGAUAGCAUAAAGUAAAAUCCGUCUGAGGGCGCACUUCACAAUAUGAUGAGGAUCCAAUUGCAACAUAAAAAUACUCUCUCAUCUAUCUCUUUCAUUUCGUUUAUUUCUCUUGAACGACUUUUAGCUUACACAAGGUCAAGUCAGCUUUCCUCACUUCAAUAAAUGUCUUGGCAGGCACAUUCCCUGUUUCAUCUAUAAAAUGCCUCUCAUGUUAGGCCAUCCUUAGUCAUGAACAAUAAAUAAUUAAAUAGAGCCUUGUCAUUUCGAUGACAUAUGUUUCUCCUUGAUCAUUCCUCGGGCUUGAUAAUAAAAAGAAAAAUGACACGUAUUUCAAAAACUACAUUAGAUGUAGCACAAUAAUUGAUAAUUAAUGCUAAUUGUCUCAUUAAUUAAGGUCAGUGUUCGU